CCCCCCUUUCAUUCUUUUCGACUCCCCUUCGUCCCCAGCAGCCAAUAUGUCGGACUCUACUGUUGGCCAGACGAAGCAGUUUGGAAAGGGCCAGAGGACCGUGCCGGCCCAGAAGGCCCAGAAAUGGUACCCCGUUGAUGACGAGUCGCAGCCCCGGAAAGUCCGCAAGGCUGUCCGUCCCACCAAGCUCCGUGAGAGCCUCAAGCCCGGUACCGUUCUGAUCCUCCUCGCCGGUCGCUUCCGCGGAAAGCGUGUCGUCCUCCUCAAGCACCUCGACCAGGGUGUUCUCCUCGUCACCGGUCCAUUCAAGAUCAACGGUGUUCCCCUCCGCCGUGUGAACUCCCGCUACGUGAUCGCCACCUCCACCCAGGUGGACGUCAGCGGUGUCGACGCCAAGACCCUCGAGAAGGUCUCCACCGCCGACUACUUCACCAAGGAGAAGGUCAACGAGAAGAAGACUGAGGAGGCUUUCUUCAAGCAGGGAGAGAAGCCCCAGAAGAAGGUCGUUGCUAGCGCUCGUGCCAGCGACCAGAAGUCCGUCGACCAGUCCAUCCUCGCUAGCGUCAAGAAGGAGAACUUCCUUGGCAGCUACCUCGCCACCUCCUUCAGCCUGCGGAACGGCGACAAGCCCCACGAGAUGAAGUGGUAAACAUGUCGAUGCGGCGGCCGCGGGUUCGGUGAUUUGAAGUGUGGAGGAUCUUUUUAAAUGUGAGGGGCGGCUUAGAAUGCAGAUUGGCAGUUUUUUUUUUACUUUUUUCCCUUUUGUCUCUUAACUACUCCCCCUAUCUCCUUCCUCGUUACCCGAGGAAAGACGGGUGAGGAACAAGAGGUUAAAGGAAGAAGGGAGAAAAAAGAAGGUCAACGCAGGG